CAAAAGGAUCGUAUCAACCGUGCUUUGGUUUCGUCACCAUUCCAUCGGGCCAACGGAAACAGACUCAGGUCCAACCGGCUGGUUGAGCUCAAGCUCGGCAGAGUGAAGUGGGUCCACGAGCCACAAAAUUCUUGGGCUUUAAUCCGACUAGGAUCUUGCGCGCCAAGCGAAUGUGUAAUAAAUGGUUUGUUGGGUACAUGCAUUCCAGUGUCAAUUGGUUGA